AUGUCAAUACCGGCCGAUGAAAAACGCAACCACUCGCCCAAAAGACCACCUGGCCAUCAAGUGAAGAAGCAUCGGUGGACUGUCAGAUUCCCAGAUGAGGUGGACCGAGUGUGCACGCUUUACGUGGGAGUCCAGUUUCACGGAGGAAACGAGGAAGCGCGAACUACGGCAGAACGACAUGUUGAGCAGCUGCUAAAUGAGGAAGCCAAUCGGCCUGCUGUGACUGAAGCUUUUCGAUUGACCGCUGGAAACGACAUGCCCGGAUCCAAGCUCUGGGUCGCCCAUUGGACACAGCCCGCCGAAUUCAUCGCCAAAUUAGAACAGAUCAAUCUGCUUCGCCUCUGGCAAAGCUUGGGGGAGUCCAAACGGCAUAUCGGACUUUGGUGUGAGCAAUUCACCGUUCCAUUGCAGCGGCUGCAAACGAGUUAUUUUCGACUUGACUACAAACCUGGAUUAGCGGCAUUGCCAGGAGUCAGUCAUCCAGCGCAUGAUUACACCGAAUACUGGGGCGCUGGUAGAGAUCGGCUCUCCGCCUCCUCUCAUGACCUCUUCCCGUUGCCUCCUCAGCAUAUCAUGCCUCGUACCAAACCCGUGGGCUUUGGACAACGCCUUUCCGGAACAAAUUACGACAACAUGUGUCACAUCCGCUCUGGCCAACGAUGGGAGGAGUGCAGUGCAGAGGAACGUGAAGCCUACGAAGGCGACCUCCAGAAAAGCCUCAUGCGCGGUAUGAAGUAUCUGUGGGACAAUCCUGAAGAAACGGGUUCCAUCGGACUAAGAAUGGGGAGAAAGGUCAUCGAGGCAGAGGAGCAGCCAGUAAGAGAGACUGACGUUAUGGGCUUUCAUCGAAACUGGGCAGACCUGGAGAAGUGGUCGAGUCGGCAUCCGUCACAUUUGGAGAUUUUCAGUGGAUCUAUGAAACACAGCAAGAGGUUCGGCGAUGACAGAAGGUUUAUGACUUGGCAAGAGGUUGCUAUUCUCAAAGAAGGAGAAGCGAACUUUGAAUACAUAAAUUGCGGUCCCAAGACCGGUGUCAUGGGAUGGGUGGGACUGCAGGUUCAAGGUUUGGUAGGUCUAGACAGAAGUAAAAUAUAG